GCUGCUGCCCGGAGGCGUCUCAGCUGUUUCCGCUGUCAUCCCCGAGUGCUGCCUAAGAAAAAAGUUUCUCCUCUGGGCAGGCUGCCCGGCCAGCCUGGAGGCUCCCGGCAGCUCUUGCAGGCAGCCCUGGGCAGCAGGAGCAGGAUUUUUUUGAGGGAUUAAGGCUGUGCUGACCGGUGACAGCAGGGGGGGGCUCAGUCAUGGCUUCCAAGCGCCAAGCUUCCUCCUCGAAGCAGCCAGACAGCAGGGAAAAGAAACCGAAAGUGGAAGAGGAGGACGACACCUGGAGCUCCACCUUGGCAACCCUGAAAACCGCUGCCAAGGAGAAGCCGCCUGCCACGAUUGAUGGGCUGUGCCCCCUGAGCUCAGCAGCGGGUGCCCGGGUCCAUGAGGACUAUGACUGCACCCUGAACCAGACCAACAUCAGUGCCAACAACAACAAAUUCUACAUCCUCCAGCUCCUGGAGCACGAUGGUGCCUACAGUGUGUGGAGCCGCUGGGGCCGCGUGGGAGAGCCAGGCCAGUCCAAGCUCAUGCCCUGUGCCUCCCUGGAGGCUGCCAAGAAGGACUUUGAGAAGAAGUUUCGGGAGAAGACCAAGAACAGCUGGGCAACAAGGGAGAACUUUGUUGCCCACCCAGGGAAGUACACGCUCAUUGAGGUGCAGCCAGGGGCUGGGCAGGAGGUGGAGGCUACACUCAGGGUGGAUGCCGUGGAUGGGGACAAGGUGUGCAAGCAGUGGGUGCUGCCCUGCACCUUGGACAGAGCCACUCAGGACCUGGUGUCCCUCAUCUUCAGCAGUGACAUGUUCCGGGAUGCCAUGCAGACCAUGAACAUCGAUGUGAAGAAGAUGCCCCUUGGGAAGCUGAGCAAGCAGCAGAUCGCGAGGGGCUUUGAGGCACUGGAGGAGCUGGAGGCAGCCCUGAGGGAGCAGCCCCCCCAGGCCACCCGCCUGGAGGAACUCUCCUCACGCUUCUACACCAUCGUCCCACACAACUUUGGGCGGGCACGGCCACCCACCAUCAACUCCCCUGAGCUGCUGCGUGCCAAGAAGGACAUGCUGCUGGUGCUCGCUGACAUUGAGCUUGCACAGAGCCUGCAGGCUCAGAAAGAGAAGGAGGAGGAGGAGAAAGAGGUUGCCCAUCCACUGGAUCAGGAUUACGCCCUGCUGUGCUGCCAGCUCUCCCUGCUUGACCCGGCCUCCCGGGAAUACCAGCUGAUCCAGACCUAUGUGAUGCAGACUGGGCACAAACUCCACAUCCUCAACAUCUGGCAGGUGGCCCGAGAUGGUGAGGAUGAGCGUUUCAAGGCCCACGAGCUGCUGGAGCACCGGCGGCUGCUGUGGCACGGCACCAGCGUGGCGGUGGUGGCGGCCAUCCUGAGGAGCGGCCUGCGCAUCAUGCCCCACUCCGGCGGCCGCGUGGGCAAGGGCAUCUACUUUGCCUCUGAGAACAGCAAGUCAGCCAGCUAUGUGGGCCGUACAUCUAAGAAUGUUGGCAUCAUGUUCCUGUCGGAGGUGGCCCUGGGCAAGCCCUACCGCAUCACCAGCGACGACCCCACGCUGUGUGAGCCACCUGCUGGCUAUGACAGUGUCGUGGCCUGUGGCCGCACAGAGCCGGAUCCUGCACAGGACGAGGAGGUGCUGCUGGAUGGCAAGAAGGUGCUGGUGUGCCAGGGCAAGCCCAUCCCCAUGCCCGCCUACAAGGACUCCUCCUUCAGCCAGAGCGAGUACCUCAUCUACAAGGAGAGCCAGUGCCGGCUCCGCUACCUUGUGCAGCUCCGCUUCUGAGGGUGCCUGGGAGCACCCUGGCCCUGGCCCAGUGCCAGGAGGUGACACCCACCAGCCCAGAGCACAGUGAUCUGUGGACUCCCUGGCCACCCCACCUGGGACUUGGCAAGGACAGGCUGGCAUGGGCACUGAGCUUGCUUUGAUUGUCAAUAAAAGCACUGUGCCUUGCAUUGGGUGCUGC